AUGGCUAGUUUCACAGAAAAAUUCGGCAAUCUCUACAACAACAAUCUUUGUCCGUCCAAACCUAAAUUCUUACCAGAGGACUAUCCUGAUUUAACAGGUAAAACUGUACUUGUAACAGGUGCAAAUGCGGGAAUUGGCUACGAAACCACCAAACUUCUCUUGGAAGCUGGUGCCCAAGUGUUGGUAGUUGUGAGAAGUUUGGAAAAAAUGAAGGCUGCUGAGGACAAAUUGAAACUGGAGGGUGCUGAAACUUCAAGAUUGGAAAUUUUUGAGGGUGAUUUCAGCGACUUGGCCUCUAUUGGAAAAUGUGGUAAAAACAUUGUGGAAAAACAAUCUGAAAUCCAUAUUGUCAUUCACAAUGCCGGUGUGAUGCUUCCUCCUCGUGGAUCUGUCACCAAACAGGACUACGACUUGCAAUUGGGCGUCAAUGCUUUGGCACCUUACUUGCUUCAAAAGUACCUUGACCCAGUAGUUUUAGCUGCUAAAACUGACCAAUUUGUGCCGCGGGUGAUUUGGGUGUCCUCCAACUCGUACCUUUUUGCUCCUGGACCAAGGGGCUUGCUUCCUUAUGAGGAGAUCAACGACAAGGAUGGAAAAAGUACGUUAUUCGCACUUUAUGGUCAGUCCAAAGUGGCGCUUAAUUACAACGCUUUGAUUUAUGCGGAAAAGUACAAAGGAAAGAUCAUCACUGCUGCCCUCAAUCCAGGCGGGUUAAAAACAGAUUUACAAAGAAACACUCUGGCUUUCGAACAGUGGUUGGCACGGCUGUUGUUGAAGGAUCCGGUGUAUGGUUCGUAUACGGAGCUCUAUGCGGCGUUGAGCCCCGAUAUCACAGUGGAAAAUAGCGGCUGUUUCGUGAGACCUUGGGGACAAAUUGAAGAGUAUUGUGGCUUUAUUAAACAGGGGUUGAAGGAUGGAACCGCUAAAAAGCUUAACGAGUGGACCGAAGAGCAAAUUGCCCCAUAUUAUCAGUGA